GUACAUAUUGAUCUGAUCAUACCGCUUCUGUCACCAUCCACAGAGAAACUUUUCGUUCGUUCGUUGCAUUGGAUACAUUUCUCAAACAUACCGUACCGUACCGCAGCUCCGGUUGCCCCCCUCGCCCAAUCUCCCACCCCUGUUUGCGACCGAGCAAGUCUACGGUCUACCAUCCUCUCAUCGUCAGCACCAACCCUCCCCAUCCAUUCAUCCACACAUCCAUCUCCACCAACUUACCCUCCAUCCAAACUACACCUAACAACUACAACUACAACUAACAAACAAACAAACCUCCUCGUUCACGAACCCGUUUCUUCUUCUUCUCUUUUUUUUCACGUCGCUCGCCUUUAACGGAUCCCUUUCACCCUAACCAAGCUCGUUUCCCACAGAACCCAUAAUGUCUGAUCAGCCGUACGAUCCUUACAUUCCCAGCGGUGGUGCUGGUGGCAGUCAAGGGCAGACUGGAGGUUCCGGAAACCAGAGGACUGCGGCUAUUCAAGCGGUUGGUCUCCCCUUUCCCUUUCCCUGUCUAGUUCUUUCGAGUGCGGGAUGAACCGAGUGGUCCCGGCUCUUUGUUGGGUUCUGUGGAGCGGUUACUUUGGGGCCGCGUAUGUCAGGGGGGAAGGAGAAGUCGCUCUCGACAACGGAGUUGCGCGAUCUUGAAUUGCCAUCUUUGAUUUUCUAUCUUCAUGAACCCCAUUGCUCUCUCUCUACCUUUCUCGUAAGAGGGGAGUUGGACAUUCAGCGCGGCGGAGCGACGGAAGCCUGAUGUGAGGUCACUUCAGCCCUCGUCCCCCCCUCCGCAGCAUCGCUGUCUCUCUCGAUUUAUCUCGCGCGCAAUGUUCCGUAGCCUUUUUUGCCUUUCCUUUUCGAUUUCUUUCAUACGAAGCUUCCUCGCUAUGAGCCCAUCUAAAUUGUGUGUUUUCCCUGAGGCAUGAAGUUGACAAGUUUGUUUUUAGCAAAUCGAUGAUACCGUCGGAAUCAUGCGGGAGAACAUCAAUAAGGUCGCUGACCGUGGCGCUAGGUUGGACAGUCUUCAAGAUAAGACCGGUUAGUAACCAUUUCACUUUUUUUUCCUUCUUCCUGGGGAGGGAUUUCAGCCCUGAGAGGGAAUGCUGACAUAAUAUAUUCAUCCUUAGACAAUCUUGCGGUGUCUGCUUUGGGUUUCCGCCGCGGGGCCAACAGGGUCCGAAAGCAAAUGUGGUGGAAGGAUAUGAAGAUGCGCAUGUGCAUAGUCGUUGGCAUCAUCAUUCUUUUGGUGAUUGUCAUCGUCCCAGUCGUUAUCAGGUUCGUUCAAUUUCCCCCAACGCCUGGCUGUGGAUAUAUACGUGAAGGGUUUUCUGACGGUUUACCGGGUAUAGCCAAACCAAAUAAUCGAGUUGUGUGGGGGGGGCUGUUUGGUUUUUUUCCGGCGCGGGAGCGGUUUUCAUAGACAUGGUGGAGAGGGCAGUUUGGCUUUGCGGUGGUCAAGAGGUCCUGGUUUGGGAUGGUGGGAAUCGAGUUUCAUGUCUAACGACAAUCCGACAAUGAAUGGACAUGGGAAUCACGACGAGAGACAUUCAAAUGAAACAAAACAGAAAUAG